AUGAUGAUAACAAUUUCGAAAAUUGAUAAUAAUGACAACCGAGUACCACAAGCAAGCUUAUAUGGAAAUUGCGAACGAUUAAAACAAGACAACGUUAAUAAAAGCGAUUUAAACAAACCGACGAUCCCGAACAUCCUUAGUACAGACAAGGAUUGGGGACACACGAUAUUGACUCUAGUGAAUGACAAAAAUAAUGAAGGUAAAAAGAAGAAGAAAAAAUCAAAUAAAAACGAUAUUAAACUCUUUAGGAUAAUGGGUUUCAGGGACCGAGGUUACAAUUAUAGGGAAGUUGAAUGCCUCUGGAAUAGAACACGCUGGACUUCUUUGCUACCAAAUAUAAUUAAAAUGGAAUUUGUUUCUGGUAGUUUUCUCAGUACUAAAGUUCUCAUUCCUAUAAUAAGUUUAAUUCCUACAGAUUCUGGCUUGCCAUUUUCCUUUAAGCGUCGCCAAUUUCCUGAGAGACCUGCUUUUGUCAUGACAAUUAAUAAAGCUCAGGGACAAACGUUGAACAAACUAUAUGUGGCUAUGUCUCGAGUUUGUUCUCCUCAUAAACUAAAGAUUAUAACCUAUGAUAAAACAAGAACUACAACCAAUGUGGUAUAUCGUGAGGUUAUAUCCGACUAA